AUGGAUCCUCCCCAGAGUGACUCCCAGCUCCAUCUCGAGCAGCCCCCGCCGGUGCUCACCCUCAGCGUGGACUCCCCCGACCACUCCGUACCUCACAUCUCGGCAGCUGCCUCACCCACGGAACCAGAAGACGUCUCUCGUGCCCAAACAUCCACCAUGCCGGACACUGGCAUGUCUUCCAUGGACGCCAUGGACACCUCCGCCGACGAUUCUCAAACUCAGACCACCGAGAGCCCUGAGCGUUCGUCCACCGCGGAGCCAGACGCCCAUCAGACCCUCCCCGAGGAACCAACGCCCGCAGCUCCCCAACCCCCGGCGGAGGAAGAGGUCGAACACGCUUACUGGGCCGAGAUCGAAGAGGAUCACUCCGCCCCCGACGAGGCAGAGCUCAAGGACAUCGAGUCCGCUGAUGGAGACUACAGUGCAUUUGAAUAUGAUUACUGGGAGAAGUCCUUCUAUCGCGAAGUCGAUGAUCCCGAGUUCCGUCCGGCGGAAAAGGCCCGUCUGACCUGGAAGAUCAAGGGCGUCCGGGGCACCAAGGAGCGACCCAACCGGGCCAAGAUCAUGCGGUCCCCCGCCGCCUACAUUGGAGGGUACUGGUGGACCAUCAAGUUCUUUCCCCGGGGCAAUAGUGUUGGCGCCCUCAGUAUCUACAUCGAAUGCUCCCCCGACAUGCCCAAGGCUGACAAGGAGCUGCCCGAAACGGAGUUCAAGGUCCUGCGCGGGGCCCCAGACGCCGUUCUCAGCGAGCAGAAACCCGAGUUCGAGAUCAAGUUUCCUCGCCAGGACGAUUCCAGCGCCUGGUUCGAGGACUACAAGUCCCGUUACCCUAUUCCUCCCUCAGAAUCCUCCGCCUUGGACACCCCGGUGACAGGGGAUGCUCCUUCUCCACAGGAGACCAACCCUAAGCGGGACUGGCGCGUGUCCGCCCAGAUCGGUGUCAUCCUCUACAAUCCAGAGGAGCCCCGGACGGGCUGGAUGCAGUCAUCAUGCCACCAGUUCAACCAGCACAACCUGGACUGGGGGUGGACCAACUUCCACGGCCCCUGGGACAAGAUCCAUCAGCGCCAACGCGGCCAGCGCCAGGCACUGCUGCGCAAUGAUACCCUGGCCUUUGAUGCCUACAUCCGCGUCUUCGAUGAUCCGACUCAGUCGCUCUGGUGGCACUCCAGCGAUUCAGAGCCCGUCUGGGACAGCCUCAGCCUAACAGGAUAUCGUCCCAUGGGCGACUCCGUCAUCAACCACAGUGCUGAAGUGGCCGGGUUGGCGUCCUGGCUCUUCCUCGCCCCCUUCCGCAAGCUCCUGCAGAGUGUCGAUGUGCUGGAACAUUUCAGGGAUGUCGACAAAAAGCCCAAGCCGCUCUGCGAAGCGCUGCAGAAAUUCCUCUGGCUCAUGCGGACCCAGCCCUCCUCGGCGCCGUGCAUCCACACCGACGCCGUGACUGCCACCUUGCGCAACCUGCAUGAAUAUUCGGGCGAUGUGAUGGAAUUCUGGGAGCGACUACGCCGCAGUCUCGAACUUGAACUCGCUGGGACGGACGCGGCCAGGGAGUUUGCCCGACUCUUUGACAGUCCCGCCAUCGACCCGACAGUGAACCGGCUCCCUUCAGGGGCUACCAACUCCCUGAUUCGGGUUCCUGCCGACCAGGCCAAGACCGUUCAGGGCUCCUUGGACAAAUACUUCUCCGCCAAACCUGGUCGCUGGUCGCUACCACCCGUAUUGCAUGUGGAGCUAGGUCGCCAGCGGUUCGACAAGAGGACCCGUCAGUGGAAGCUGCUCUACGACCGCGUCGAGCCGGACGAAGUCCUCGAUCUCUCUUCCUAUGUGGUGGAAGGCCAGUGCCCGCAGUACGACCUCUACGGGCUGGUCAUCCAUCGGGGCAGACGCACCUCGGGCAAGUUCUUCAGCAUCCUCCGCCCUGGCGGCCCUGGCACCAGGUGGCUCGCCUUUGACGACGGCAGUGACAACCGCGUCGAGUGUUUGACUCGAAAGGCGGCGCUGGAGGCCCACAUUGGCCUCGAUCCGACCAGAUCCAAGGAGACGGAGAGCAAGACCAUCCACGAUGUCGCCGUGGUGGUCAUGUACGUCCGCAAGGAUGUGGUCCCGGAAUUUUUGACCGGAAAGCCAGAGCCGUGGGACGUUGCUGCACCCGUCAAGAAGUACUUUGAAACAACGCAGGAUCCUUAUGUUGUGGACACUGAUGACAAGAAACCCGUCGACAUCAAUGUCGAGGUCUACUCGUUGCCGCGCUUCGACCAGCUACCCGACUUGUUCGACUCGUAUGACCUGAUGUCGCAGGCAAAGGCGACCAACAAUGUGAUGUACAUGACCGUACCGCACACGACCACCAUAGCCGAGCUCAGGAAGAAGAUCGCCCUUUGGAAGUCCAACGACACUGAGACGAUCGCCACGGAACGAAUUCGUCUCUGGCAGGUUGGACAGACCAAGGAGCUGUUCGGUCCCACCGUCCUGUUCAACCGAGUCGUCGACCUUGACGAUUACUUCUUGCUCAAGACGGCGCGUCUGUGGAUGCACGUGCUCUCAGAAGAUGAUGCCAAGCUCUUUGGUCUAGUUGAUCCCCCGGCUGCUUCCAAUGUCUGCGAGGACAAGCCGGAAGAAACUGUCCAGGAACGAGCGGGAUCGGAGUCCUCCGACGACAGAGAACAUUCUCCCGCAACGGAGGAUCGCACUCCGGAUCCCAACAGUACCCCCAGAGCUGCAGAUGAUGAAGAGGUGUCGGCUGUGCCCGCCGAGCGGCAGACAGGAGAAGCAGCUCCUCAGAGCUCAGAGGAGCAAUCGACGGACGCCAAUAUGGAUGAUAUUAUGGCCGCUAAUGUCGAAGCUGUCGCAGCCGUCAUUGCCGGUGAUAUCCAGGAAAUGGAUGCCGAGCCUACACCACCAGCGACCUCGCAGGCCGACGACGGUGAUCUAAUCCCGCCAGAGGACCUGGUCAUGGAAGAUUCCCAGGCACCAGGUGUUGCCGAGCGAGAGCGCACCGACAAUGCUACACCAGCCAGACCCGCAGCGGCUCUUCCAGUGCCGCACGUCUACUACUUCAUCCAAGUCUUCGAUAUGAAGCAGCAGAUUCUGCGCACGGUGGGCUCGUAUGUCUCGCGGAUGGAGGACAAUAUCAGAUCGGCCCUGCGGACGCACCUUCGAUGGACUGAAAAUAAGGACUUCCUUGUCUGGCAGCGCAUCGAUGGGACGACCGUCUCUGCUGUGUCUCCAGCUGAUACCUUUGAGGCCCCCGUCCACGAUGGCACGUGCUUCAUUGUCGGAGACCGACUGAGCAAGGACCAGUAUGUUUUUGAGAAAUCCAUAUCGCCUUUUCUCGACGCAAAAACUAACAAUGAGAGCAGACGUUCCGAGCUUGGUGCUGCUGGCUCUUUUGCCAACCCCGAUCGCCUCGUGCAGUACUUGUGGGCGUCGUCCCGGCGCCAUCCAACUCGCGCUUUCACCGGCACCAAAACCAUUGAUGCCGGGUUCAGCGGGGACUACUACAGUGGUGACUUCAACAAGGGCUACUACCACGGCAAGGGCACCCAUAUCUCGGAUUCGGGAGCCACCUAUGUCGGCGACUUCAUUUUCGGCCUGCGUCACGGUAGCGGCACGAUGGAAUAUCCAUCGGGCGACACGUACUCUGGCGAUUGGGUCGAGGACCAGCGCCACGGCCAAGGUACCUUCAUUGAGCGCAAGACCGGUAACAAGUACGUCGGCGGGUACCGUGAUGGCAAGCGUCACGGCAAAGGUAUCAGCUACUGGGAGGUUGCCGAUGAAGAAAUGGACCUCUGCCAGAUCUGCUACGGCGAAGAGCAGGACGCAUUGUUCUACGACUGCGGCCACGUCUGCGCCUGCGUCGCGUGUGCCCGCCAGGUCGACACCUGUCCCAUCUGCAGGAAGAAUGUCAUCAGCGUGGUUAAGAUUUAUAGGACUUGA